AUGAGGAUCGGGGGAUACAACAAUCUGUACAGGAUACGAAUCGAGGGAAUUCAAGACGAUGUUAUUAUUCGACUGCCUCAGCCUACCCUAGCCCAAUUCCCGUGUGAAAAGACACUCGGGGAGGCAGCAAUAGCGACCUUCGUUACACAGAAUACUCAGGUCCCAGUUCCUCGAGUUCUCUUCCACGGAGUGUCCACAGCAGAUUCUGAAGUUGGGCCUUUCAUUAUUAUCCAACAUAUUGAAAAUUGCGGGUCUAUGUCGCAUGCGCUGGCGAUGCCUAACGAGCAGGACCCCAGCGAGGCUCACAUGCUGAAUCCCGACAUAUCUGAGAAUGUGCUUGAGGACUUUUACAACAAAGUGGCGGUCCACCUAUUACAGCUAUUCAAACCCAGUUUCCCCCGCAUCGGCUCUCUGGCCCAAAUUAGUGAGAAUGAGUUCUCAGUAAGGGGACGGCCGAUAACUCAGAACAUGAACAGCAUGCUCCAGCUUGCGAAUAUUCCACGGGCCACCCUUCCUUCCAAGGACAGAACGUACAGGACCGCUGAUGAAUGGUAUGUUGCAUUGGCAGAGAUGCACAUAGCACAACUUGUUUUUCAACAUAACGAUCUUGUUACAACGGCCGACGACUGUCGGAACAAAUUCGUGGCACGCCAGCUCUUUCUUAAACUGGCCAAACAGGGUCGGCUAUCGACUUUCGGGUUCGAGGAGGACGAUUGGUCUGCCCAAUCUAAGAGCCAAGCCUUGGCGCUUUCCCCAGCUCCUAGCGGGUCAAAUUCCUUUAGGAUUUGGUGUGAUGAUCUCCGAGCAAGUAACAUUCUCUUAAACGAGGCCAAUGAUAUAGUUGCCGUUAUCGAUUGGGAAUUUGCAUAUAUUGCUCCCACUCAAUUCUCUUUGGACCCACCCUGGUGGCUGCUACUAAAUGUGCCUGAGAUGUGGCACAGCAACAUUGAUGAUUGGACUCACAUCUACGACAUCCGUCUGAAAACUUGGCUGCGAGCAAUGGAGAAAGCCGAAGAGAGCAUCAAGACAGAGACGCAAGAGUUUAAGAUAUCUAGAUAUAUGCGGGAGAAUUGGGAGACAGGUCGAUUUUGGCUCAAUUAUGCUGCGAGGAAGAGCUGGGCUUUCGAUACUAUUUACUGGAGGUACCUAGAUAAUAGAUUCUUCGGUGAAAGAGAAGGAGAUAUCCCGAAGCAGGGCCUUUGGAAGACGAGAGUUCACCUAUUGAGUAAGAGGGAAAGAAGUGCAAUGGAGUUCUUCGUGGAGAGAAAGAUGGAAGAGUCUAAAAAUCGGAUCUUGGUUGAUUGGGACGACGAACAAGUCAGGGUCCGCUUGGGCGAAGUGUUGUUCGAUGAUGAUGAUUAG